GUUUGACUGCAGCAGUUACAACUCACAAGGCUGAGCAUGAGACCCCUUUUGGAUGGGAGAUAAAUAUAAUAUUAGGCACAGGUGGAAACACUCACUUCAAGCCUGAAACACUGCAAGCCCACAAGAAACAUUGCUGUGAUUUCCAAAGAGAGUAAGAUGAUCUAGGUGUUGCAUUAUUGUGGAAGACACAAGCAGGGCCCCCAGAAGUUGGGCUCUGAUUCCCAGCAGCCUCAGCAGCCAGCAUGGCCAAUGGUUAAGGCUGUUGGGAGCUCUAGUUUAACAACACCCAAAGGGCCACAGGUUCCUCACCCUUGAGGGAAAGCAUUUACAUGAUGCACACCUGCUUCUGCACAUCCAUGCCAUGUAUUCAUUAUGGUUCCCACACCACUAGGGUUGUCAAGUUCCGUCGCACAGGGGAAAGUUCACGGUCAGAUGAAGAUGUCAUUUCAGGAGAGCAUGAAGUCCAAAUUGAGGGUGUCCAGACGCAGUUAGAGGCUGUGGAGCUGGAAGAUGGAGGGAUGGUGCCAAAGGAGUUUGCAAACCCAACUGAUGAUACGUUUAUGGUGGAAGAUGCGGUGGAAGCCAUCGGAUUUGGCAGGUUCCAGUGGAAACUCUCCGUCCUGACAGGCUUAGCAUGGAUGGCUGAUGCCAUGGAAAUGAUGAUUCUGAGCAUCCUUGCACCCCAGCUUCACUGUGAGUGGCGAUUACCCACCUGGCAGGUUGCAUUGCUAACCUCGGUGGUGUUUAUGGGAAUGAUGUUCAGUUCCACACUCUGGGGAAACAUUUCAGACCAGUAUGGCAGAAAAACAGGGUUAAAGAUCAGUGUGCUCUGGACCUUAUACUAUGGUAUUCUUAGCGGUUUUGCACCCGUUUACAGCUGGAUCCUGGUGCUGAGGGGGCUGGUGGGCUUUGGCAUCGGAGGAGUCCCUCAGUCGGUGACGCUGUAUGCAGAAUUCCUCCCAAUGAAAUCUAGAGCAAAAUGCAUUUUGUUAAUUGAGGUCUUCUGGGCCAUUGGGACCGUCUUUGAGGUUCUCCUGGCGGUGUUCGUGAUGCCCACCCUGGGUUGGCGCUGGCUGCUCAUCCUUUCGGCGGCCCCCCUUCUGCUCUUUGCCAUCUUGUGUUUCUGGUUACCAGAAAGUGCACGAUACGAUGUGCUAUCUGGGAAUCAGGAGAAAGCCUUUGCCACUUUGAAGCGGAUAGCGACUGAGAAUGGAGCUCCAAUGCCUCUGGGGAAACUGAUCAUCUCCAGGCAGGAAGACAGAGGUAAGAUGAGGGACCUCUUCACCCCCCAGUUUAGAUGGACAACACUCCUGCUUUGGUUUAUAUGGUUCUCCAAUGCCUUUUCUUAUUACGGCUUAGUUUUACUAACAACGGAGCUCUUUCAAGCAGGAGACCUCUGCAGCUUAUCUAGCAAGAGAAAAGCAGUGAAGGCCAAGUGCAGCCUGGCAUGUGAAUACCUGACUGAAAAGGACUACAUCGACCUGCUGUGGACCACUCUCUCCGAGUUCCCAGGUGUUCUAGUGACCUUAUGGGUUAUUGAUCGGAUUGGGCGUAAGAAGACAAUGGCCCUCUGCUUCUUUGUCUUUGCAUUUUGCAGCCUCCUACUCUUUCUCUGCGUUGGAAGGAAAGUUCUCACUGUGUUAUUGUUCAUUGCAAGGGCUUUUAUUUCGGGAGGAUUUCAAGCCGCCUACGUUUACACCCCUGAGGUUUACCCCACGGCCACUCGUGCUCUGGGUCUCGGGACGUGUAGCGGGGUAGCCAGAGUCGGCGCACUCAUCACACCAUUUAUCGCUCAGGUGAUGCUGGAGUCCUCUGUCUAUUUGACGCUGAUAGUCUACAGCGGCUGCUGCAUCUUGGCUGCUCUUGCUUCCUGCUUGCUGCCCAUCGAAACCAAAGGCCGCGGCCUGCAGGAGUCCACCCACAGGGAAUGGGGGCAGGAGAUGUUUGGGCGCGGAGUCCCACACUCAAACUCUGGGUCUCAGAGGUGAUGACGUGACACACUGGCCCAGCCACAAGGUCGUCCAAGGAGUUUCCGCCCCUCCAGCUCUGGCACCCGAGAAGCAGAAUGUCUUGUCACUGCCGUGUGUGUCCAAAAGCAAGAACGCUCCACCUGUGUCCUGGGCGCCUUUUUUCACUCGCACCCAUCACUGUCCACUUGUGCAAGGAGAGGUAUUAAAUCUGGAGAGUGAACGUGCGGGAGAGAGUUUUGGGGGAGGAAUGUGAUGCAGCUGGGGAGGAAGAGAAAUGGGAGCCUUUGCCAAACUGUCUGCCCCUUCAUGUGGUUGAUGACAAACAAGCUUAGUUUCUUGACGCCAAGUGCUCCAUGCCAAGCAGGCAGAUCGAUGGACAGGAUUUGGCUCUGCACAAAUGCCCUCAAUGCCAGGAAGUGGGCUUGCAGAUCCCCAGAUCCCAGUGCAGCCCUCCAUCAGUCUCAUGCACUUGUGAAUUAAUCACUUGCCUUGCACUCCCAUCAACAUCCACGAACGACCAUCAGCCUUUGAGAGCCUCUUUGCCAGAGAGGUUCUGAGUCUUAAAGAGCAGCUGGGAACUUCAGCAAAUGCUGCUCUGAGAGCUCUUCUACUAACCACAAAGAAACAAAGAAACCCACCACUUUGCUUGCCCUAGAGGUGAAGUCUGCAAACAGGGCCAUGCAUUUGGGCUGUUGUGCGCAAGCAGUCCUCAUGGCAGCGCAGAAAGGGGCAGCUGAAGGACUGAAAGGAUGUUCCUAAGAGGAACAUUUAAGCAUCUGAGGCUUUUUCGUUUAGAAACAUGGCAACUUGAGGGGAGGACAGGAGAGAGUUCUAUGAGAUUAUGGGUGGCGUGGAUAAAUUCAAUAGCAAAAAGCUUUUCUCAUAAUAUUUAAACUCAGGAUCAUCCAGAGAAACUGGGGGCAGCAGAUUCAGCACAGACAAAGGAAAUUCAUUCCUUAAUUUAAAGACUUUGUUGAUUUAUGGGUUAUAUGGCUUCUGGCAAAUUCAGGGAAGAGGCUAUUUGUCCUGGUGACCUCAUAGAACCUCCAGUUUCAGGGACAGUCUAUGCCACCCAAAACAGUUAGCUGGGGUGAACAAGAGCAGUGGAGAGGCUGUUGGCUUCAAGGCAAGUUUGUGGGCUUCCCAGAGGCAUCUGGCUGGCCCCUGUGGAACAAAGGAACGCUGGUCUACACAGAUCUUUCUGUUCACCCAUCAGAACAGGAAGCAGAAUUUCAUUUUAUUGGGGUUCAUUUCCCUGUCAGUAAAGCCAGUGAGAACCUGCCAUUGUGAUUCCAGGUGUGUAUGCAUUCAGAAAUAGAUGCUGUGGCUCUCUCCGUUGGGUCCCAGCCCCUGUAACACUUUGCUGGGGCUGUUUCUGCAAUUGUCUGGUCAGUCAGAGGAAAGUCAAGGAAAGUCAAGGAGCCCAUGCAUGAUGGGGAUGGAGUUUGGCCUCUAUGCUUAAUCCCUCGUCUUGGAAUUGAAUGAAAAAAGUAGGAGUCCUUGCUCUCCAGGAAAUGGGUUCCUCGUCCCAAUUCAUUUCAUACUCCAAGAUUUAGAAAACUCCCAA